AUGCCAUCUGCAAUCGCCAACAAGUCGAACAACCCGACUAUUACUAUCAUCCUGGCCGCUGCUCACCACCGAACCAUGCCGCACCGGCGUGUCUUCGCGCCCCUGCGAGAGCCUCUGCGCCACGACCCGCAGCUGCAGCUUCAGCCAGACCAGGUGCGCGGCGCAUGCCCCUUCUUGAAUCCCACCCAUGCGAUCUUCAUGCCAAUAAUCGAGGCGCCACAGACCGAGCCUCCUGUCGCGAAAGAGCAACAGCAGCAACAGGGUCCAUCAAGGGCCGCCCAUCCCAACCAGAUUCGCUAUCUCUGGCGCUCGCGCGACAAUCGCAAGGGCCGGCAUGCUCUUCAGGUACAGCACCACGCCCUGUAUGCCUUGCCUAGGAAUACCAAUGGGCUCCGCGCCGUGCUCGCGGGCCUCUGGCGCAUGGCCACUGUCUUCCCCUACUGGGAUGUAUCGUACCUUGUUGCUUUUAUCUUCACUCUCGGUUCGGUCAUCUGGGUUAUCAACGCCUUCUUCGUCUGGCUGCCGCUCGAGGACCCCAGCUCCGAGUUCUCCAACGAGUCCUCAACCGCCGGUGGCGUGACAGCCUUCGUCGGCGCUACCGUCUUCGAGAUCGGGAGCAUCUUACUGGUGCUCGAAGCUGUCAAUGAAAAUUCCGCGGGCUGCUUUGGCUGGGCCCUGGAGCGCGUGCUCCGCGACCAGGCCGACGAGCUCCUGGAUGUCCUGCAACCCGAUAACCACGCCUGUCAACACCACCAUGUGAACCGGAGGGCCUUCCUGAGCGGCCGUCAGCAAGCCAUCACCACCAGCGGGCGCACCUUCACCUGGCUGCCAUCCUGGAACGAGCUGCGGACGCACUACAUGCGUGAACUGGGAUUUCUCGCCUCCAUGGCCCAGUUGAUCGGGGCCACCAUCUUCUGGAUCUCCGGCUUUACGUGUCUGCCCGGUAUCAUCAAUCAUAUGAGCCAGGGCCUGACCGAUGGAGUUUUCUGGGUGCCGCAGAUCGUCGGCGGCAGUCUCUUCGUGAUUAGUGGCCUCCUCUUCACCAUUGAGACCCAAAAGAAGUGGUAUAUCCCCGCUCCGCACGUCCUGGGUUGGCAUAUUGGCAUUUGGAACUUUAUCGGUGGAAUUGGUUUCACGCUCUGCGGCUCCCUCGGGCCUGCCAGCGCCAACUCUGGCGUCGAUUAUGAAUCAACCCUAGCCACCUUCUGGGGCUCCUGGGCCUUCCUAAUAGGUUCUAUCAUCCAGUGGUAUGAGAGUCUGGACAAGUAUCCUGUUGAGACGAAGAAGCAGAAUUUCCGGUCCUGAUCUAAGCUUUUUCUGUCUCGCCUACAUACAUGGAGAAUCUCCAGACGCGGGCCUCAAACGUAGCAUCCUGGAGACCCAGAUGCGACACCAGGUUAUGGCCAUUGAUAGUCCAAGCUACUUAAGGUCAAGAUGAUAACAAAAAUCCCAGAAUGACUGCUAUCAAUAUGGGUUCUCUGAUCAACUUAGUGUUCGCAUUAGACAGAGGAGGCCUGCAUUUUGAUUUCUCCCAUACGGUGUCAACGUUCGACGUAGACCGACCAUGCUUCGUUAUCAUUCCUUACGGUACCUCCAUGGAGCAAUUGCCACGGCCCGCUCAUCGAAUCUUGAGUACGGCCUAGGUGGUCGAACCCGUUGCCAGCAAGUCUAGGUUGGAGAGCAAGGCAAUGACGAUGAUAGCAUGAAUACUUCUCACAACAUUCCAGAAUCACACGCUAUUGGACAAGGGGAAAGGUCAAGCAGUAGAUGUGGAUGAAGCAACUCCAACCUCGGAGGAAGGUGAAGAUAUGUUACACUCUUCUACUAGUAGUAUGUGAGGCAGAAUCGGCUAUUCCAAUGAAUGCUUCCGUG